AUGGGUAAGGAGAAGAUGCACAUCAACGUGGUCGUUAUCGGCCACGUCGAUUCCGGAAAGUCCACCACCACUGGUCACUUGAUCUACAAGUGCGGUGGAAUUGACAAGCGUACCAUCGAGAAGUUCGAGAAGGAAGCCGCCGAGUUGGGCAAGGGAUCCUUCAAGUACGCAUGGGUUCUUGACAAGCUCAAGGCCGAGCGUGAGCGUGGUAUCACCAUUGAUAUCGCUCUCUGGAAGUUCGAGACCCCCAAGUACUACGUCACCGUCAUUGACGCCCCUGGUCACCGUGAUUUCAUCAAGAACAUGAUUACUGGUACCUCCCAGGCCGAUUGCGCUGUUCUCAUCAUUGCCGCUGGUACCGGUGAGUUCGAGGCUGGUAUCUCCAAGGAUGGCCAGACUCGUGAGCACGCUCUCCUCGCCUACACUCUCGGUGUCAAGCAACUCAUCGUCGCCAUCAACAAGAUGGACACCACCAAGUGGUCCGAGGCCCGUUUCCAAGAAAUCAUCAAGGAGACCUCCAACUUCAUCAAGAAGGUCGGAUACAACCCAAAGACUGUUGCCUUCGUUCCCAUCUCCGGAUUCAACGGUGACAACAUGAUCGAUGUCUCCACCAACUGCCCAUGGUACAAGGGUUGGGAGAAGGAGACCAAGGCUGGCAAGUCCACCGGCAAGACCCUUCUCGAGGCUAUCGAUUGCAUCGACCCACCUUCCCGCCCUACCGAAAAGCCCCUUCGUCUGCCCCUCCAGGAUGUCUACAAGAUUGGUGGUAUUGGCACGGUGCCAGUCGGACGUGUUGAGACCGGUAUCAUCAAGGCCGGUAUGGUCGUCACCUUCGCCCCAGCUGGUGUCACCACUGAAGUCAAGUCCGUCGAGAUGCACCACGAGCAGCUUGCCGAGGGUCUCCCAGGAGACAACGUUGGCUUCAACGUCAAGAACGUCUCCGUCAAGGAAAUCCGCAGAGGAAACGUUGCCGGUGACUCCAAGAACGACCCCCCCAAGGCUUCUGAGUCCUUCAACGCCCAGGUCAUCGUUCUCAACCACCCUGGUCAAGUUGGUGCCGGUUACGCCCCAGUCCUUGAUUGCCACACUGCCCACAUUGCUUGCAAGUUCGGUGAGCUCUUGGAGAAGAUUGAUCGUCGUACCGGUAAAUCCAUUGAAGACGCCCCCAAGUUCAUCAAGUCGGGUGAUGCUGCCAUCGUCAAGAUGAUUCCAUCCAAGCCCAUGUGUGUUGAGGCCUUCACCGACUACCCUCCUCUUGGACGUUUCGCCGUCAGAGAUAUGAGACAGACUGUUGCUGUUGGUGUCAUCAAGAGUGUUGUCAAGAGCGACAAGGCUGGAAAGGUUACCAAGGCAGCUGUCAAGGCCACCAAGGGAAAAUAG